UCACUCGCAGCACCUUGUUCAACUUAAGCGACUACAGUUACAGCGUUUUAGGGAUCAGAUUCAGAUGCUAUGAGCCUUCACCCCCGUCACUCUCGGCCGGUGGCCACCGCUCCUCCUGAGGAGGACGAGCCCUACAACAUCAUCCCAGUCCACAACCUCCUCGUGGACCACCCCUCCCUCCGCUUCCCGGAGGUCCGCGCCGCCGUCGCGGCCAUCAAAGCCGUCGGAGACCUCCGGCGUCCGCCAUUCGCGCAAUGGCUCCCUCACUUUGACCUCCUCGAUUGGCUCGCCCUCUUCUUCGGGUUCCAGAAAGAUAAUGUCCGCAACCAGCGUGAGCACCUUGUCCUCCACCUCGCCAACGCUCAGAUGCGCCUUACUCCGCCGCCGGACAACAUUGACACACUCGAUGCCACCGUCCUCCGCCGCUUUCGCAAAAAGCUCCUCAAGAACUACACCUCCUGGUGCUCCUACCUUGGCAAGAAGUCCAACAUCUGGAUCUCCGAUCGCCAGCGCGGCGGCGACCCCUCCGCCCAACGGCGAGAACUCCUCUAUGUGUGCCUCUACCUCCUUAUCUGGGGCGAGGCUGCAAAUCUGCGGUUUGUACCGGAGUGCAUCUGUUACAUCUUCCAUAACAUGGCGAAUGAACUGAACAGAAUCUUGGAAGAUUACAUCGAUGAGAACACGGGGCAGCCUGUGAUGCCUUCGGUUUCUGGUGAGAAUGCUUUCCUGAACUUUGUGGUGAAGCCUAUCUAUGAGACAAUUAGACGUGAGGUGGAUAGUAGUAGGAAUGGGACUGCUCCUCAUGCUGAUUGGAGGAACUAUGAUGAUAUCAAUGAGUAUUUUUGGAGUAGGAGGUGUUUUGAGAAGCUCAAGUGGCCUAUUGAUAUUGGGAGUAACUUCUUUGUGACGGGAAGUGGGGGGAAGCGUGUGGGUAAGACUGGGUUUGUUGAACAGAGGUCGUUUUGGAAUCUGUUGAGGAGUUUUGAUAGGCUUUGGGUGAUGUUGAUUUUGUUUCUUCAGGCUGCUAUCAUUGUGGCUUGGGAGGGGAGGACUUAUCCUUGGCAAGCUUUGGAGGAAAGGACUGUGCAGGUCAGGGUUUUGACCAUUUUCUUCACUUGGAGUGGUAUGAGGUUUGUUCAAUCUUUGCUUAAUAUAGGGAUGCAAUACAAAUUGGUGUCAAGGGAGACAAUGGGGCUUGGAGUAAGGAUGGUGAUGAAAAGUAUUGUCUCUGCCGGGUGGAUUGUUGUGUUUGGCAUAUUUUAUGGGAGGAUAUGGACGCAGAGAAACCAUGAUAGACGGUGGUCGCCCGCAGCAGAUAGGCGGGUGGUAAACUUUCUGGAGGUUGUGUGUGUUUUCAUCAUUCCGGAGCUUCUAGCCUUAGCCCUUUUCAUAAUUCCUUGGAUUAGAAAUUUUGUUGAGAACACAAAUUGGAGGAUUUUUUAUAUGUUAUCAUGGUGGUUCCAGAGCAGAAGUUUUGUUGGUCGGGGUUUGAGAGAAGGUCUUGUAGACAACAUUAAGUAUUCAUUAUUUUGGGUGGUGGUACUAGCCACAAAGUUUUGUUUUAGUUACUUUUUGCAGAUCAAACCCAUGAUUGCUCCUACAAAGGCAGUGUUGGACCUUAAGAAUGUUAAUUAUCAAUGGCAUGAGUUUUUGCAUAACAGCAACCGGUUUGCUGUUGGGUUGCUGUGGCUUCCAGUUGUUUUGAUUUAUCUAAUGGAUAUACAGAUUUGGUAUUCAAUAUAUUCAUCUUUUGUUGGGGCCGCUGUUGGGUUGUUUGCACACUUGGGUGAGAUUCGAAAUAUACAACAGUUGAAAUUGAGGUUCCAGUUUUUUGCUAGUGCAAUUCAGUUUAAUCUCAUGCCAGAGGAGCAAUUGUUGAAUGCUAGAGGAACGUUGAAAAGCAAGUUUAAGGAUGCCAUCCACAGGUUGAAGCUUAGGUAUGGGCUUGGUCGGCCCUAUAAGAAGCUUGAGUCUAAUCAAGUUGAGGCCAACAAGUUUGCUUUGAUAUGGAAUGAGAUUAUUAUGUGUUUUAGGGAGGAGGAUAUUAUCUCUGACAAAGAGUUGGAGCUGUUGGAGCUGCCACAGAACUCUUGGAAUGUUAGGGUUAUCCGCUGGCCAUGUUUUCUUCUCUGCAAUGAGUUAUUGCUGGCACUCAGUCAGGCCAAAGAACUAGUGGAUGAUACUGAUAAGAGGCUUUGGAAUAAGAUAUGCAAUAAUGAGUAUAGACGCUGUGCUGUCAUUGAAGCAUAUGAUAGUGUCAAGCACUUACUUCUUGAGAUUAUCAGAUCCAAUAGUGAAGAGCAUUCUAUUGUGACUGUUCUGUUUCAGGAAAUCGAUCACUCUCUUGAGAUUGAGAAAUUCACUAAAACAUUCAAAACAACAGAACUGCCUCAGCUCCACAGCAAGUUGAUAAAACUUGUCGAGUUAUUAAACAAGCCCAUUAAGGAUCUGAACCAAGUGGUGCAUACCCUUCAGGCCCUUUAUGAGAUUGCUAUCCGAGAUUUUUUCAAGGAAAAAAGAAACCCUAUUCAGCUAAAGGAGGAUGGUUUGGCUCAACAUAAUCCUGCUUCUGGUCUACUGUUUGAGAAUGCAAUUCAGUUGCCUGACACCAACAAUGAGAACUUCUAUCAGCAGGCGCGGCGCUUGCACACAAUUCUCACCUCUAGGGAUUCAAUGCAAAACAUCCCAAUAAAUCUAGAAGCUAGACGAAGGAUUGCUUUUUUCAGUAACUCACUUUUUAUGAAUAUGCCCCAUGCUCCCCAAGUUGAGAAAAUGAUGGCUUUUAGUGUUCUAACACCUUACUAUAAUGAAGAAGUGUUAUUCAGCAAAGAGCAGCUAAAAACUGAGAAUGAAGAUGGGAUUUCAAUCCUGUACUAUUUGCAGACUAUAUAUGAUGAUGAGUGGAAGAAUUUUAUGGAGAGGAUGCAUCGGGAGGGGAUGUCAAAAGACAGUGAUAUUUGGAGUGAUAAACUUAGAGAUUUGAGGCUCUGGGCUUCCUGCAGAGGCCAGACACUAUCACGGACAGUUAGAGGAAUGAUGUACUACUAUCGGGCCCUCAAGAUGUUGGCUUUUCUGGAUUCUGCAUCAGAAAUGGAUAUUAGAGAAGGCUCGCAUGAACUUGUUUCAAUGAGGCGAGAUAAUUUAGAAAGUUUCAACUCUGUACAGUCACCUUCCUCUAAGAGUUUAAGUAGAGCGAGCAGUUCAGUAAGUUUAUUAUUCAAAGGCCAUGAGAACGGGACUGCUUUAAUGAAAUUCACAUAUGUGGUUGCUUGCCAGAUAUAUGGAACUCAGAAGUCAAAAAAGGAUCCUCAUGCUGAUGAAAUUCUCUAUCUAAUGAAAAACAAUGAGGCCCUUCGAGUUGCCUACGUUGAUGAGAAAACCACUGGAAGAGAUGAGAUGGAGUAUUACUCUGUUCUUGUUAAGUAUGAUCAACAGAUGCAGAAGGAGGUGGAAAUUUACCGAGUGAAGUUGCCUGGUCCCUUGAAGCUUGGGGAAGGAAAGCCAGAAAAUCAAAACCAUGCCAUCAUCUUCACUCGCGGUGAUGCAGUUCAGACUAUUGAUAUGAAUCAGGACAACUACUUUGAGGAGACACUUAAAAUGCGAAAUCUCUUGGAAGAAUACAAGCAUUACUAUGGUAUCCGGAAACCCACUAUUUUGGGAGUUAGGGAACACAUUUUUACUGGUUCUGUUUCCUCUCUUGCAUGGUUCAUGUCAGCUCAGGAAACAAGUUUUGUCACCUUAGGACAGAGGGUUUUGGCAAAUCCUUUGAAAGUUAGAAUGCAUUAUGGUCAUCCAGACGUGUUUGACAGGUUUUGGUUCUUAACUCGAGGUGGGAUCAGUAAAGCUUCCCGAGUGAUCAACAUAAGUGAGGAUAUUUUUGCUGGCUUUAAUUGUACUCUCCGUGGAGGUAAUGUCACACACCAUGAAUACAUUCAGGUUGGAAAGGGAAGGGAUGUUGGGUUGAAUCAAGUAUCAAUGUUUGAAGCAAAGGUUGCCAGUGGAAAUGGGGAGCAAAUCCUAAGCAGAGAUGUGUACAGAUUGGGUCAUAGGCUGGAUUUUUUCCGGAUGCUGUCAUUCUUCUACACUACUGUUGGGUUCUUCUUCAACACGAUGAUGGUGGUUCUGACUGUGUAUGCAUUUUUAUGGGGUCGACUAUAUCUUGCACUUAGUGGUGUUGAGAAUGCGAUGGAAAGUAACAGCAAUAAUAAUAAAGCACUUGGUACUAUAUUGAAUCAGCAGUUCAUCAUUCAACUUGGACUUUUCACUGCCCUUCCAAUGAUUGUAGAGAAUUCCCUUGAGCAUGGGUUCCUUCAAGCUAUCUGGGAUUUCUUGACAAUGCAGCUCCAGCUCUCAUCAGUAUUUUACACAUUCUCUAUGGGUACCCGUAGUCAUUUCUUCGGCCGGACUGUACUGCAUGGUGGGGCAAAAUAUCGAGCUACUGGUCGUGGUUUUGUUGUAGAGCACAAGAGUUUUGCUGAAAACUAUAGACUCUACGCCCGGAGCCAUUUUGUUAAAGCAAUUGAAUUGGGGCUAAUACUUAUAAUUUAUGCAAAAUACAGUCCUGUUGCAACUGACACAUUUGUUUAUAUAGCCAUGACCAUCACUAGUUGGUUCUUAGUUGCAUCAUGGAUUAUGACUCCUUUUGUGUUCAAUCCUUCUGGCUUUGAUUGGUUAAAAACUGUUUAUGAUUUUGAUGACUUUAUGAACUGGAUUUGGUACAGUGGAAGUGUGUUUGCCAAAGCUGAACAGAGCUGGGAAAGGUGGUGGUAUGAAGAGCAGGAUCAUCUAAAGGUAACUGGCCUUUGGGGAAAGCUUAUGGAGAUUAUCUUAGACCUUCGAUUCUUCUUUUUCCAGUAUGGAAUUGUCUAUCAAUUAGGAAUUGCUGCUGGAAGUACCAGUAUUGCUGUUUACUUGUUAUCUUGGAUUUAUUUGUUGGUUGUAUCUUUGAUUUAUGCGGUGGUAGUGUAUGCCCGGAACAAAUAUGCUGCCAAAGAACAUAUCUAUUAUCGGCUGGUUCAGUUCCUUGUCAUAAUUCUUGGAAUACUUGUGAUAGUUGCUUUGCUGGAAUUCACUCAAUUCAAAUUUGUGGAUGUUUUUACAAGCCUCUUGGCAUUCAUUCCUACUGGCUGGGGCCUGUUAUUGAUUGCCCAAGUAUUCAGGCCAUUUUUGCAGUCCACUAUCUUUUGGAAUGGUGUUGUUUCAGUAGCUCGUCUGUAUGAUAUAAUGCUUGGAGUCAUUGUCAUGGUCCCUGUGGCACUACUAUCUUGGUUGCCUGGGUUUCAGAAUAUGCAAACCCGAAUUCUUUUCAAUGAAGCAUUCAGCAGGGGUCUCCGGAUAUUCCAAAUUGUUACAGGAAAAAAAUCUCAAAGUUGACUGUGGCUCAAGGAUUGACCUUGCAAAGGUUUGUAGAGAGGCUGUGGAAGACGAGAGGCUAAAAUUUGCUUUGUUUCCCAAAUUUUCCUCUUGUUAUGUGAGGGUUAUUGUUGGAGUUAGUGGCUGUGAUUAUAUUUUGUUUCUGAUCGAGGAAAUGGGAGAAUAUUAUUAUUUUUGCUUUCCUUUGAUAACCAUAUUAUUGUAAUUAGUCAAUUCUCACUUUUAAAAUUAUUUUUGGUCGCUGAUCUUGUGGUUAUGUGUGCUCUUACAUCCUUGGCAGAAAACGGCUUAUUG